AUGAAGCUCCUGGACCAGGUUCAUCUUGAGAGACUGGUAUCAGAACUGAGUGGUGCUAGCAAACGCUAUAAUGUCGAUGUAAGACUUGAAAGUUACUCGUGCAAAAUGGUGUCGGAGGAGAAACGGCAGUUCAAGGAACUUUGUAGUCGGAUUGGCUCAGACAAGCAAGACACAGAAUCUCACCGUCUUGGGUCGUCACAAACACUUCGCGGGUUGUGGGAAAUGACCGGACAAGCAGUCAAUCCUGAGGUGUAUCAGAUGAGUAAUGCCCAAGAACAACCUACGACAGCGGUAGCUCAUCUACCAGCGAAUAGUGGUUCUACCACAGCCAAAAAGCGUUCACGUUCGAAUACUGCGUCAAGUUCUGACGACGGCGCCAGUCCAUCAUCACCAACACGGUAUAAGACCACUGCAUCGGGGCUGUCAGUCAAAGACCUUUUUUGUUUGAUGAGCACGUUGAACAGCUGUUUCGGACCGGAAUACGACUUCCUUUCAGCGCGGAGCGACGAAUUCUGCUUAGAGCCAGAGUUAUGGGUUGUGAAACAUUACAUUUCUCAGUUUUGCUCCGUCUAUGUUGACAAAUACGAAGAAAUCUCCCCUGAACUUUGGAAAACUAUCGAAGACGAGAUCGUCCCUAGUCAAUGUCUAAUCUACAGCUACCGGCCCGAUCAUCUAUCCGACCCAUACAGCUCAGGCUGUUUAGCGUCAUUCAACUAUUUCUUCCACAACAAGUCCCUUCGACGAGUAUUGUUUUUCUCCUUACGGGUGCUGAAUGACCCAUUAUCCGCGGAUGACUUUGAAGAUGAGAUGCAAGACCUAUUUUGAUCCUUUGGUUUCCAGACCAUCUAUGGGAGUUCUCAGUCAAAUUCUCUCUUAUUACUUCUGUGGGUGAAGCUCUCGGAUGACAGACUUCCUCUAUUGCCUUUAUAGGCCUGCUCUCCGACCGAUUUUGUCAGCUUCAAUCCGUACCAUCAAUUCCACCCCACACUCAUAUCCAAUCGUUUGUUUUUCCAACUGAUUCAUCCUUCAGGCAGCUUUCUAAUCCGCCCUAGAAGUCCACUCAUUCGUAAAACAUGUACAUAUAUUCACUGAUCAGACUUUAUUCCUCCAUCCCAUGUUGUUUCAAUCAUCCAGUACACAAAAUAAUUUGAGCAUAUUUAUUUUCGCACACACAUUUGUACAUAGCCACACACGAUUUCACUUAUCACCUUCGAUUAUUAUUAUCACCAUAAUCACUUUGAUAUUCUACCCCGUUUGUUGUUCUUUACGUAAAACACCUUUUUUUCGUAAUAUUUCGUCAAAUACUUUGUUUAUUCUACCGAAU